AUGUGUUUCGGUCCUACUGUAGCACCAAGAGUGUUUACGAAAAUUGUGUCAGUAGUUGCAGCUCACUUGAGAACACAAAUCAUACGUCUAGCAGUAUACCUAGACGACUGGUUAUGUUUAAAUCAAAUACAUCAGCAUUUACUCAAAGAUCAGUAUGUUUGCCUCAAUCUCCUCAUAAAACUAGGAUUUUUGGUGAAUCUAGAAAAGUCAAAUUUGAUACCACAACAGAUAAUAACAUAUAUUGGGGCAGUAUUCAAUCUGAAAUUGGGUCUUAUUCUUCCAACAGAAGAGAGGUUUUUGAAAAUUCAGAAUGCCAUCUUGGACUUAGUCAAUGGCAAGAACAAAGCUCAAAAUUUCCUUCAUUUAUUAGGUCUCAUGGCUUCUUGGUUGGAACUUAUUCCAAAUGCUCGACUUUUCAUGAGACCUAUUCAAUUACAUUUGCUCAGUUUUUGGAAACCUUCAAGUUAUUCAUGGGACAUGAUCAUUCCAUUUACUCCACAUCUUCAAUCACAUCUAAGAUGGUGGUUAAAUCCAGCCAACAUUUUCAAGGGUCGCUCAUUACAUCAGACUUUAUCAGAAGUAAUAAUAACCACCGAUGCCUCCAAGAAAAUGUAUGGAGGGCAUCUAGGGAACCAAUAUUUUCAGGGAACAUGGCCAUUAGAUCAAAUCAAUUGGCACAUAAAUUCUCUAGAAAUGGAGGCUGUCUUUUUAACAGUUAACCAUUUUCUAAGUCAGAUUCAGGGGAAAUCAGUGUUGAUCAAAACAGACAACACGACUGUUGCACAAUACAUAAACAAACAAGGGGGAACAAAAUCAAGCAAACUUUGCAUUCAGACUCGGAAAUUAUGGACAUUAGCUAUUCAAAACAACAUUUCAUUGAGGGCAAAUCACAUAGUCGGAACACAGAACAUUUUAGCAGAUCAAUUGAGCAGACACAAAAUAAGGACAACAGAAUGGUCCCUUAGUCCAUUUGUUGUUCAGAAUUUUUUUCAAUUAUGGGGAACUCCUCUAAUAGACCUAUUUGCAUCAGUAGACAAUCAUCAGACUCCAAUUUUUUGCUCCUGGUUUCCGACCAAUCAAGCGUUUGCGAUAGAUGCUCUGAGGAUUUCAUGGUAG